AUGUUUUCCUUUUUGACUUACCUGGCAUUGACGCUUGUGUUACCAUUAUUGACCACCGCCGUCCCCCCUGCAAGGCAUGACAAACGCUCAGUUGUCGAGAGAUCGGGUGUGUUAUACAAUGUCUUCGAACAUGCAAAGACGGGAGCUCGCAUUGAAUUCGUCAAUAACUCUGGAAUAUGCGAAACUACGCCUGGCGUUAAGCAAUAUUCCGGUUACUUGUCCGUGGGUGAAAACAUGAACAUGUGGUUUUGGUUCUUCGAGGCGCGGCAAAAUCCAGAAACUGCACCUCUCGCAGCAUGGUUCAAUGGAGGUCCGGGAUGUUCCUCCAUGAUCGGUCUCUUCCAGGAGAAUGGUCCUUGCAAGUUUGAAGUCGGCGUCAAGAAUACCGUUCCUGUCAAUAACACCCAUAGCUUCAACAAUUAUGCUAACAUGAUCUAUAUCGAUCAGCCGAUCGGCGUUGGUUUCUCUUAUGGAACAAACAACGUGACUUCCACCGUCACUGCUGCGCCUUACGUCUGGAAGCUAAUCCAAGCCUUCUAUACAUCAUUCCCACAGUACAAAUCCCGCGACUUCGGCAUCUUCACCGAGUCCUACGGUGGCCACUACGGCCCCGAUUUCGCGAAAUACGUCCAAGACCAGAACGCAGCAAAGGUCGGGGAACCAAUCAACAUCGUAGCCCUGGGUAUCAACAACGGCUGGCAUGAUGCCGCAAUCCAAGAACCAGCCUACAUAUCCUACUCCUACAACAACAGCCACCGGCCCAUUAUCAGCAAAACACAAUACGACCGCUACAUGAGCAGAUACGAGGACUACUGUCUCCCUGACAUCCAAGCUUGUGCAAGAACGGGAAGUAAUACAGACUGCCAAAAUGCAGAUCGGGCGUGCUACGCGAUAGUUGAACGGCCGCUGUACUCCGCCGCGGAUUAUGAUGUCUACGACAUUAGAGCGCCGAGUAAUAACCCCGAGCCGCCGUCUAAUUAUAAGAAAUAUCUCGAAGAUCCGACAGUCGUGAAGGCGAUUGGUGCGCAGAGUUCAUACCAGGAAUGUCCGACGGCGGCAUAUAACAAGUUCACUUCAUCAGGUGACGGUCCUCGAUCAUUCAUGUCACAGCUAAGCUCUGUCGUCUCGUCAGGUGUAACGACGCUGAUAUGGGCUGGUGAUGCUGAUUGGAUUUGUAAUUGGUAUGGCGUCUUCGACGUUGCGAACUCCAUACUGUACCCAGAACAAGAUGCGUUCAAGUCGAAGCCUCUCGCGCCCUACAAAUUCAAUGGUAACGAUGUAGGUGCAUAUAAGACGGAGGGUAGUUUGAGCUUCUUAAGGGUGUAUAACGCGGGUCAUGAGGUUAUGUACUAUCAACCCGAAUUAUCGCUACACGUCUUCAAGCAAACCAUGCAGAAAGGCGCGAUUGUAUCGCGGAGAGGCUUAAGCCCUUGA